AUGACUUCUGUCACCACUUGUAUUGAGUGGUUAAGAGGAGGCGAAAAGAUGUUGAAUCAAAGACAUGCCAUAAACGCCGUGAAGUGUCACCAAAUCGCGAUCGUCAAUGACUUAGUGGUGGACUAUAUAUUGGAUCAUUUGGUCGUAACCGAAGUCUUCACCGAAAGGGAGAGACAAUUCAUACUAAGAAGAGGUGAAGCGUUGGGCGAUGUGUCGGACGUGUCGGUCAGGGAUCGCAUUCUUCGCCUACAAAACGAAACGUUUGUCGAUAUGCUGUUGAAGAAGAUGGAGACCAUUGACCACACAUUCACUUCAUUCACGUAUAUAUUGUUUAAAGACGAUAACUAUCCGUGGAUUGCGAAGAGAUUGCUGUCAUUGAGAGAUGAAGAGAGACGGAUGGAGGAUAUGAACAAUUGCUUGCAUGACAUGGAUAUUAAUGGUUUACCGAAACGUUUCGAAGGGUUUUAA